CUUUAGUGCAGAGACGAGUGAGGAAGAGGGAGGGCUGCGUGGCGCGAGGCAGUGCGUGUGCUCAGUGUUUAGGUGAAUCCACAGCCCUCUGGCUCACAAGGAUAAAGGAUUCUCACAGAGCAGCAACUCAGAGACUGUUUUCCUCCUCUUCUGCAAGCAUCCUCUCUUCUCCUUCCUCUUGCUUCACUUGACCGCCACUGUGUGUGUUUUGUUUAUUUCCACCCCCCCCCAACCCCCCUUUUUUGUUCCUCGCAUCCAUCUCUGCUUCGCCUCGCUCCAGAGAGAAGCGGGAAGAGCAGAUUCAGAGACAUCAUCCCCUCGUCCCGCAUGCCCGGCUGGUGUCGAGUGCUGAUGCUGUAACCACUGUGUGGAGCUGACAAGCCCUGGUUGAUGCAGUGAAGUGUUCGAGUGGGAUAGGAACAAGCGAAGAAGGUCGCCAGCCAUGGGGAACCUCAUUAAGGUCCUUGGCAAGGAUUUAGAGAACUGUCCACAUUUUUUCCUGGAUUUUGAAAGGGGCUCAUGGGAAACCUCCUGAAAGUGCUGGCUUGCGCCGAACUUGAGCAUGGCCCAAUAGUUUUCCUUGACUUUGAACAUGCCCAGCCCACGGAGGCGGAGACGGCCGUGUGGAACCAGGUCAGCGCCGUGCUGGAGGAGGCUCACGGCAUCCUGGCCGAGCUGCAGUCCUACAACGGCGCGGGGCAGGAGAUACGAGAAGCCAUCCAGAACCCAGGCGACCUCGCUCUCCAGGAGAAGGCCUGGAACGCCGUCUGUCCCCUGGUCGCCAAGCUGAAGAGGUUCUACGAGUUCUCCCUCCGACUGGAGAAUGCCCUGCGCAGCCUGCUGGAGGCGCUGACGAGCCCGCCUUAUGCUCCCAUGCAGCACCUGGAGCGAGAGCAGGCCCUGGCCAAACAGUUUGCUGAGAUCCUGCAUUUUACACUCAGCUUUGAUGAGUUAAAGAUGACAAAUCCAGCCAUUCAGAAUGACUUCAGCUACUACAGGAGGACUAUAAGUAGGAACAGGCUGAACAACCAGCAGCUGGAAGCAGAGAAUGAGGUGAACAAUGAGAUGGCCAAUCGAAUGUCCCUGUUCUACGCCGAAGCAACACCGAUGCUGAAGACGCUGAGCAACGCCACCACCAAGUUUGUUUCAGAGAAUAAGACCCUCCCCAUAGAGGACACCACAGACUGCCUGAGCACCAUGGCCUGCGUGUGUCGUGUUAUGCUGGAGACUCCGGAAUACCGCUGCCGGUUCACCAACACAGACACCAUGCUGUUCUGCAUGAGGGUGAUGGUGGGCGUCAUCAUCCUGUACGACCACGUCCACCCCGUGGGGGCUUUCGCCAAGACCUCCAAAAUUGAUAUGAAGGGCUGCAUCAAAGUGCUGAAAGAGCAACCGUCCAACAGCGUGGAGGGACUUCUGAACGCACUGAGGUACACAACACGGCAUCUAAAUGAUGACAGCACCUCCAAACAAAUCAGAGCCCUGCUGCAAUGAAAGAAAGAGGGGAGGGGGAGAAAAGUGGGAGUGCACUGGAAGGAGGAGGCGAGAAGUCGGAGACGAGGAAACAAACCUGUUUGUUUACAGCAAACAAAAUAAAUAAUUUCCAGGCGAAGAGUGACCUGAUGAUAACAAGAAGAGGAAUUUAAUUAUAUAUAUUGUCAGCUGUUCUUCAUUCUGUCUCUCAUUUUGUAAAGUAAGAAAAGAGAAAAAAAGCCUGAAAAGAAGAUAUAGAUAUAUAUUAAAGAAGCGAAACACAAGCAGCAGAUUAAGAGUAGGUAGGAUACAGGAGGAAGCUAUGUUGGAAAAUGUUAAGGUCAGAACCAAAAUGUACAAAAAAAGGGUACAUGUUCCAGCAGUAGUCUGACAAGUAUUUUUGCACACACUUUGAAAACAAAUGCCAUCUCCUUUCCCUCUGAAAUCUGACCCUAAACCAGUUCCCUGAACCCUUCUCAAUCCUCCCUGUCUCACACACACAUUCAGCUGAGGCCGUUGAGGCUGCACAGACGGCGGCGUUGCCUCUCAGUCUGAGCCCACUGGUCGGGUGAGUCACGAAGCAAUGUGAUGGACCAAGUCCGGAGAUUUGCUUCCACCUGCGUCACUUCUUUUUUACAUCGGUGCAGCUGGGAGACAGGAUGAAAGGAAAGGAGUGGCUUUUUUUUAGGAAGCCUCUGUUUUUACCCUGACUUCUUCAUUGCUCUCCAUCUUCCCACUCAUCCACCCAUCCACUUGAUUUGUGGUUUUUCCUUGGCACAACAACGCAAAGAUCCACCCAUGCAGUCUGCCCUGACGUCAUAGUUCCAGCACAAAACCUAUGUAAGAUGCCUGGCUUUACUUGAACAGUGUCCUACUUUUUUGCAUCUGUCUCUCUCCAUGGUGCUGAUUUGGUUAAGAUUUCUAGUUUCUUAGAUACCAUUUGGCUGUUGCCAAAAGCAAGAAGGAAGGAAAAAAUCAUCAAUCAUUUUUUUUCUUUUCUUUUCUUUUCUCAAAUGCUGCAUCAACUCAGCUAUCAGCUACUCUCUGUUUUCAGAUAAGUCCAAAAACAGGGACAAAGGUCCAAAAGAGGCAUUGUGGGACACUACAGCAACCUUUACUUGUUCACCCAGUGCCAAAGCCCAGUAGAUCAUGCUCUUUUUACUUUAUCAAGCAAGUGUACAAGGGUUCUUUUAAGUUCUGUAUCACUGAUCAUUUUUUAGUAUAUGCGAGGUCAAGAAACUAUGAAUUGACACAUGAGAGCAGUCGGGCGGAGACACGGGCAGUUUAAGAGAUAUCUGAGAGUCCUAAUGCAUGAGCCUUCUCUCAACUACAUGGUCUGCUUGGAUCCUCAAGGAAAAAAAACACAACCACCAUCAUUCAAGGAUACCUUUUUUUUUGAGCAGGAGACUGAUUAAGUCAUAAAACUUAAAUAAAAAAUCAAAAAGGAGAUUACAAAGAAGUGCUGUACCUUGGAUGUCUAUAGACCUUAGCCUAAGUUAAUUUGGUCUUAUAAUAUAUUUUCUAUACAGGGGUAUGUGCACAAACAUAUUCUGUAUAAAUACAUAGAUGGCAUGCUGUAAAAGUUCUGACGGAAGUGUGUAAAUAAGGUGUUUUUAUUCAUUUUUAAUCGUUCAGUGAUGCUGAAAUUGGGUAUGUGUCGUCUCUCAGAAUUCCCAUGCGUUUGGCUUGGACCAUCGGACUUGCUGUAGUCAUAGGUUUCAGAAAUUCAGCUUCAUUAUGGCAAAUGAACCAGAGGGAGGGG